CCUCCUCCUCCUCCUCACUAUACAGCGGAGCUCGGAGCUGCAGCAGAUCCUCAGCGAUGUCCCCGCACCCCGUCCCUGCGCACAGCGGAGCCGCCCGGCAGCAGAUCUGGGGCUGAACCACCGAACCAAGCGGAGACCCCGGACCGACCCGACAACGACAGGGACAAUGGAUUCCUGGCUGCAGUACUGGAGCCUGCUCACCCUGCUCUGCUGCCUGCUCACCCCGUGCGGGGCUGGAGUGUCAGAUCAAACAAAUGGAAGCCUGAGCCUUAAGAUUGGGGAGAAGAACCCUGGCAAGGAAUCGGCUGCCACAGUCCUGCACUCUCUUCUUCAGAAAGGCGUGUUAGACGUGUCAUCGACUCGAAUACUCAGAUCCGGUGGAGAAGAUUCAUUCAUGGACAGAAAGUCCUGGAAGUCCAAGAAAUCUCAUAAAAAGCCCCCAGCUCAAUCUCCGGCCACUGCGGGAGGUCCGGUCUCUUCAGAGGGUACGACUGGCCAAGCCAAGGAGGUCUCUUCUACACAGAGUCCACUGAGCCGCCAUCCUGCCAAGAUGGAAAAUGAAUCAGUGACUUGCAUCAACUGUGGCGGCGAAAUGUAUAAUGAGAAGCCUCCGUCGAGGUCAUUGCUCUCAGAGGACGACACGGACAAUGUAGAGUCGGUGACCAGCUUGGAUUGGGCUCUUGGCCAAAGAACCAUGGACUUAGAUUUUAGAAAGAGUUUGGUCAAAGGGGAUCGCCCUUCUGUGACCGAAAGCCAAGAAGAUUCCGGGAGUGGUGACCCUCAUGUCAAAAAUCCUUCUGACCAAGUCACACGGCCCGGAUCGGAAAUACAUUUACAUAACUUUAUGGAUAGGGAGACUUCUACUCCUUCCCAGACAUCCAUGACUGGCAACAUCACUCCCCUCAUUCCAUCUACUGAAAAGGCCAUAAGCCCGGACUCUGCAGAGAUUGACCAUCUCCUCCAAGUGUCCAGAGAAACCGUCCUCCAGCCUCCAUCUUCUUCUGAUCCUCAUAGCCCCAACAUGUCCAGGGGGGAGGUCAGUUUUGAAGCAGAGAAGCCUCAGGGACCUGCUUUGGAGAAAACAUCCAGUCAGUCGAGCGCCCAGGGUGCUAAGGGGGGCACUGAUAAGACUCUGGUCACUGAAAGACCCCAAGAAGAGUUCUCUUCUACCAGCAUACCUCCUGAUGGUGCCCCAAAAGCCUCCAAGCCCCCAUCUGACCACGACAUAGAUUAUGAUGAGCGACUGGAAAUUGAGGAUCACUGGAGGAUCCCUCACUAUCCAGAGCCAUCCUUCCCUGGGGGGGAUUCCACCAAGUCCAUUCAUGAUAAACUUGCCCCUUGGCACAAGCCAGUCCAUUAUGACGACCUCUUGCCUUUUGAUGAAACCUACUAUUACCCUACUCCGUCUUUCUAUGCAGAAGGUUAUGAAGUGGACAUUGAAGAUGACAAUGAAGAUGACGAUUUUGAGGAAGCUGAUGAUGAUGAUGACAUCACUGCGAGGGGAGUUGGGGACAUCCCUAAGGCCACUACCGUAACUCCAAAGAUACAGACUCCAGUGGUCAAUACAAAGCCGACAGGAAGACAAGAUGGCCUCUUCUAUGGAGAACAGUCACCCAAGUACAAUCCGGACAUCAAUAGAGAUCAGACCCACAGCUUGUUUGGAAACCAUGAAAACACCAGUGAGUGCCGGAGCGGCUACGUGAAGCGCAACAACUCCUGCAAGUCACUGUGCGACAUCUACCCCACCUACUGCUACAACGGGGGCCAGUGCUACAUCGUGGAGAACACCGGAGCCUUCUGCAGGUGAGACAUCAUCCAGAGGG